CAAAGCAUUUCAACUUUUUUCUUAACUACAACUUCGAGAUCACCCUUUCGAAAGCCCGCUCUAUAAGCUUCGCACCCCCCUCCCAAUCUCGUAGAAGCCAUGAGCUUACAUCUGCCGGCAAGGCGGGUAGCCACAGCCGCAGCGCGGACCUCCACCACCACCGCCGCCGCCGCCGCCGCCGCCGGCAAGCCAUCCUUACAUCUACAAUAUCUACAGCCCACGACCCAGCGCCGUCAUGCCUGGUUCGGCUGGGGCUCCUCGAACUCCGCCAAGUCGCCCUUCGCGCAAGAGCUCUCCCGCCGCGAGCGCGAGCAGAUGAUCGCCGAAAAGAACAUGCAGCGAACCCAGGGAGCUUCCAUCUUCGAGGAGGAGAUCAAGGAGACGGAGAAGGCGGCGGCGCAGCAGCUACAGCCGCCGGGCGAGGCGCCUAGAGAUAUACCGGAAGACAAGAAGGUCGCCGCUACGCCGAUCGGCGCCGGUACGAAGGUCAAAGAACACAUGGAGCGAGCCGAGAACCCCGACCCCCGGUGGCGCGUCCGCUUCCUCAAGAAGAAGGUGAUGCAGAUGGUGCGGGACGGCGACAAGCCGCUCACGCGGGAGCAGCGCGUGCGGCUCACGGAGAAGGAGCACGCGAGCGCGAGCCCGAACCUGCCCACGAGCACCAAGAAGCUCAUGUUCCUGUCGCGGCAGAUCGCGGGCAAGACGGUCGACGAGGCCAUCACGCAGAUGCGCUUCAGCAAGAAGAAGAUGGCCCGCGAGGUCCGGGUCCAGCUCGAGGAGGCCCGCGACGCCGCCAUCGCCGCCCACGGCAUGGGGCUCGGCGCCGCCCAGGGCAAGACCCUCGAGAAGCCCCGCAAGAUCCAGACCAAGGACGGGCGCUGGAUGGAGGUUUCCGACCCGUCCACCUUGUACGUCGACCAGUCCUGGGUCACCAAGGGCCCUUGGCGCGGCGUGCGUAUCCAGUACCACGCGCGAAGUCGUAUGUCGCAGAUGUGGAGGCCGACUGCCGCCAUCUCUCUAGUUCUCAAGGAAGAAAAGACGAGGAUACGACAGCACGACGAAAAGGUAGAGAAGCAGGCACGGAAACGCCCAUGGGUACAUCUACCGAACCGGCCCGUUACGGCACAGAGACCAUAUUACAGCUGGUAAAAGGGAAGUACGAAUAGCCAGUGUAGGUAGGUAGUCAAGGGGGUUUAAUUACCUAUGAUAUGAAAGCUUGCUCGAUGCGAUUAUGAAGAGCGGAUUACAGCUGCACAUGCUUUCAUGUAAGAGAUACCCGAAUCAUCGGGCCAUCUCGAUACUUGUACCAUACACACAAAUCAAAAUAAACAAAUCAACUCGAUGAGAAUACGUACGUUC